UCGCACACAGCGGUUCACUGAUACCAUAAUAGAGCACAACUCCGCCAGAGUAUGGUUUAUUAACCAAACACAAUAGGUGAGCAGCCGAGACCAAGAAGAUGCUCAAGUUUCUAUCGAAGGUGCGGUUUGAAUUCAAUGCGCGAGACCCUCGUAUAGGCUCUUGUAUGGAAUUCUUAGCUCAAUGCAACACCCGCAAGGCCAAGGAAUCGAACCCCGCUUGCCAGAUUUUGGUAAAGCGCCGAGUCGACGAUAUCCCGCCAAAAAUCGGCGUCACUUUUGUCAACGGAGUCGAGGAGGUUUUUGACGGCACUACUGUUUCUGUUCAGACCUUAAGGAACUUGAUUUCGGAGAAGAGUCAGCUCCUCGAGACUGAGCAAAGGUUCCGUCAAGCUGGACAUGAAUGGCCUGUUAUUAUUCCGGAGGAGGAGCUGCAACAGCCUGUUCCUGCUGCCAAGCAUUCAAGUGAUGAAGCUGCAAACAAGCAAACAAAGGAGAAUCGACGUGUCCGGCGUGAUAUCUCCGAAGCUCAAAUUAGUGUUAGAAUUCUUCAUUGGAGCAUGUGAAAUUUAUGUGAUGUUAAAUCAUAACUUGUAUGGAAGGAGAAAUGUCCUUUUUAUUCAUCGAGGAGAGGCCUUGUAGCCAUCUUCUCAUCGAAGGUAUCUCGUGGGCCUGGGACAAAUUCAAGAGGUGUGUUCAAGUUCUGCUAUAUUUGGGAACCAAUACAAUCAGAUUUUUAUUCCUAUUUGCACGUAUGUGGGUUAUAUGUGCUCAGUAUUCUUGUUUCUUAGAUAGUUAUCGUGUUGGACAUGUGGUACCUCUUGUUACUUUUGCUCUGAAUUUUUAUACAUGAUGUCGUUGGUCA